AUGUCUCAGAUAUCUCCCCCUUUAUCGCAAGGCGUGGGAUAUGGGGUUGUGAUUGGAGUCGGUUUGGCCUUUGCGGCAGGAAUGAUGGUGGUUACCAAUACGUUGAAGAAAACAGUUGGCGAAGAUAAUUCAAAGGCGGAAACAUUCAUCGUUGCCAAUCGGUCAGUUGGUACCGGUUUAGUCGCCUCGGCGGUUGUCUCGUCGUGGCUUUGGAGCACAGCUUUACUAAGUGCCGUAUUGGUGGCCUACCAAUACGGCAUUAGUGGACCCUUCUGGUAUGGUGCUGGGUGUUCACCCAUGAUCGUCUGUUUCGCAUAUCUCGGAACAGUCUGCAAGAGGCGUGUUCCGAGUGCGCAUACCGUUUUGGAGAUCAUCAAGAUUCGAUAUGGGACACUGGCUCACCUGAGAUUUACCUUUUUGGCGGUGGUAAACAACCUUUUCAAUACCAUCAAUAUGAUUCUCGGGGCUUCGUCAGCCAUCACAUAUUUAUUCUUGACGGACUAUAUACACACUUUCAUCAUUCUAAUUCUGUGCUGCUACGUGACCCUUAAAGCCUUGACCAGCCCAGAGGUUGGCUCUAUCGGAGGGCUCUAUGAUCUUGUCGUUGCAGCUCAGCCGAAUCACAGUGUGGAUGGAAACUACCAAGGAUCACUUUUGACUAUGACAUCCCAACAGGGGAUUUUCUUCGCAAUUAUACUGUUGGUGUCGAACUUUGGGGCCGUCAUUAUGGACACCGGGUACUUCACAAAAGCCUUCGCCGCAUCUCCAGAAGGUGUGGUUCCAGGCUAUGUGAUUGGAGGAAUAUCGUAUUUCAGUAUACCUUGGGCUCUUGGAACUGUGAUGGGCAUGGUCGCACUUGGCCUGGAGACUACAAAAGCGUUCCCCACAUACCCCAGAAUGAUGACUAGCACAGAAGUGACAAAUGGACUGGCAUUGCCGUAUGCUGCAAUCGCAGUAGCAGGCAAAGGAGGCGCAGUGGCUACACUUUUGAUGACCUUCAUGGCGGUCACUUCUACACUGUCAGCACAGGUAAUCGCCGUAUCUUCUAUCGUUGCUUUCGAUGGCUACCGGACCUAUUUCAACAAGAGUGCAACAAACAAGGAAGUUAUCCUGUGGAGCAGAAUUGGUGUGGUUCUAUUUGGUCUCGUUGCAGCAGGUCUUACCGCUCUAUUUCACUAUGUUGGAAUUGAUAUGGGCUGGACACUUUACAUGAUUGGAGUGAUCACUUGCCCUGGCAUCUUUCCCCUCAUUCUCUCUAUUCUCUGGAGAAAGCAGAGCCGACUGGCAGUCAUUGCAUCCGCCUAUCUCGGUCUUCUGACGGGCCUCGCUGUCUGGCUUGGAACAGCUCAUCGAUUCUAUGGCUCUGUUACAGUGUCUUCCACUGGACAGACACUUCCAUGCAUGUAUGGUACCGUUGCAUCUGCAUUCAGCCCUUUGCUAUACUCUGUGAUUAUCACAUUAUUUAGCCCGGAGGACUUUAACUGGACGUCAUUGAGCAAGUCUAGUCUGGCUGUCUCUGAGCUGGAUGGGACCUCUGAGGAUACUGUUGAGACAGAAACAGGAAAGAAACCCCGGAUCACUGAAACCAGCGAAGAUCAAGACGAUACUUCUGAGGCCACCCAAAAAAGGUGGUCAAGAUAUGCGCUAUUCUGGGCCAUUGCUACCUUCCUGGGCCAUUGGGUUCUCUGGCCGCUUCCCAUGUAUGCGGCGAAAUUCAUUUUCAGCAAAGGACUCUUUAUUGCGUGGAUUGUGGUUGCCGAGAUCUGGCUGUGGGUUACCUUACUGACAGUCGGCUUUUAUCCUCUGUGGAAUGGACGCCAUAAAAUACUUCUUAUCGCGCGGAGCAUUACUACUGGUGCAUAG